AUGUCUGCGAGUCCGCGGAAGUCGAUUGAUAGCUUAGCUUCGGGCGCAUCGACUCCUUCCUUAUCUCAAUACUCGUUUAAUCAGGUGGAAUCUCCCCGGGUCCCGCCUCAGAAGUACCCCCUGAGGAGAGGUUCAACAGCCAGCUCAAUCGUGAGCAUUGGCGGCGUCCUCGAUCCUUCGAAUCGACAUGGAGCGAUAGCAGAGUCGGGGCAGAAUGCCAUUUCUACCCUCCUUCAACCUCCGAUAGUCCGCACCGGUCUGGUGCCUCAUUCUUCGGCUGCGACUGGCGGAUACAAACCCCCGAGUACUCGCGAUAUUCCACCCGUUGCGUUGACGAACAUCCCUCAUGUUGAUCGUACCGUCUUCGAACCAUACCUGACGCAAGUGGGGUCCUUAUACGAGGUCUUUCAGGAGGCGAAGGAGGGCAGCGGGGAGCAGGAUUCACAGCUAGCACGAGGUGCCGGCAAAGCCUCUCCAAGGCCGGAUGAUUAUGAGUCGCUGAUACCAAAAUCAUUUGAACGCCGGCCCUCUGCAAUAUCGACCAAUUCUCGUUCAAGCUCUCCGUACAGCCCCGCGGGCAGGAAGAGAUCAUCGAACAGGGGCCGACCUCCAGCAAUCACUCCUUUAUCCACCAUCCCCCCCGUUUACUUCGAAGAUGACUUCCAUCUUGAGAACCCGCGUACUUUUGAUGUGGUAUCAGAGAGAUCCGAGGUUGUUACACCCCCACAGGCGCCCAGUAAGGACAAUCGAGUGGACAUUAUUGAGCCUGCGCAAACCGGGAGAAAAGUGCUCGCAACAAACGCUAUCUUACAAGAGAAGCUUUCCUGGUACAUGGAUACUGUGGAAAUACACCUCAUCUCGUCCAUAUCUACCGCCUCCAAAUCGUUUUUCACUGCCCUGGGCUCGUUACGCGAAUUACAUGCCGAGGCUGCGGAUUCUGUCAAAAGAAUUCAGGUACUGCGAAAGGACCUCCAAAAGAUUGACAAGGAGAUGGCAUUGGGUGGAUUGAAGAUUGUAAAUCUACGGCGUCGACGAGAAAAUGUUCGCAUGCUUUCCGAUGCAGUCUCUCAGCUUCGGGAUGUCGUCAAAUCUGUGACACGCUGCGAGGAGCUAGCUGAGAACGGAGACAUUGAAGAAGCAACAGACGGCCUUGAGAACGUCGAGAGGUUGAUGGCCGGAGACUAUACUCCUGAUCAAUCCACGGAAGAAGAGCCACGGAAAACCGUCGAUUUGCGGAGACUCAAAGCUUUGGAGGGUGCAUCCAAUGAGCUUGAUCGGUUGAGAUACCAGAUUGGGACGGGGUACGAGAGUCGCUUCUUGAAUGAGCUUCUUGGCGAUCUGAGACGUCACGCUGAGAAUGCCCCGUUAGCCGCAACAGUGCAAAGAUGGGGCUACUCCUUUCAAAGGCAACGUGGAGGCCAACGGUCCAGCAUUGCAGAACCACCGGCUUACAUGUCUAUCGAUGAUCACCUGCGGUCUCAACUGCGCCUGCACCUCACUGGUCUCGCCCGUGUGAAUCAUACCACUCCAGCUGCGACGGCAUUCAAAUCCGCCAUCCUGCGAGAGAUGAAAAGUUUGAUUCGUAGACACAUGCCAAGUAGCAAUGACGACGAUAACGAGUCUAUGGUGUCAGUGUCCACUCACCGGUCUCACCAGCUGAGUUCGCAGGAGAAGUCGUCUAUUCUUGCUCGCAACCUCCGCGCUAUGGAUGCCGAAGAUGCGUAUAACAUGCUUGCUCAGGUUUACGCUGGUGUUAGUGAGUCAUUACGCAGAUUGAGUGUCCAAGUCAAGGUUCUUCUUGACAUUGCAAGUGGACUUGGAGGUCUUCAAAGUCCCAAGUCCCCAGUACCGAACACAGAAAGGCGACCGUCAGCCCACGCGGCGCAGGACGAGAUCCUCCAGGUUUUGGAUAUGUCCAGCCUACUUGGGCAGGCGGUCGAUAUUGCCCAGUCUCAGGCGACUAAAGUACUGAAGGUUCGAUCGGAGCAGACGGCCAAUUUGUCGAAAGAGGAUUUCGUGAAGUACUUCACUCUUAACCGGCUGUUUGCAGACGAAUGCGAAGCAAUCUCUGGACGCAGUGGAACCGCUUUCAAGACUGCCGUAGGCAACCAGAUCCGCGAUUUCAUUAGCCGGUUUGGCAAUGAGCAACGGCACCAAAUAGUCCAGGUGAUGGACUCUGAUCGCUGGGAUGCCAAGGACUUUGGAGAAGCCGAGACAGAAGUCUUGGAUCGAAUUUUGACUGCAAGUACUAAAGAUAUCGACGCUUGGGUUGAUGCCUCCAAGAUCUGGAUCCCCCAGGAGGACCGUCAAAACACACCCACGGAACCCGCUGCUGUCAAUGGCUCCAGCAAGGACAAGGACAAAGCCCGCAAUGCAGUGAUCGACGAACAGAAAUACAUACUUUCAGACUCGGCAACGGCGAUGAUGAGGAGUAUCGAGGAAUAUCAAUUCUUGAUGGCGAACAUACCAAAUAUGAUACCCGAUAUUUCUUCUGGUCUUCUAGAAUCACUGAAAUUGUUCAACUCAAGAUCCUCCCAGUUAAUUUUGGGCGCCGGGGCUACCAGAAGCGCUGGUCUCAAGAACAUCACAACAAAACACCUUGCGCUCUCAUCACAGGCUCUAAGCUUCAUCAUCGCGCUGGUUCCUUAUAUUAGAGAAUUUGUGCGUCGACACUCACCACCGAGCUCUCUGAUGGCCGAUUUCGAUAAGGUGAAGCGGCUAUACCAGGAGCACCAAUCCGGGAUACACGAAAAGCUGGUCGACAUUAUGGGCUCUCGGUCCUCCGUGCACGCCAGCGCCAUGAGGAAAAUUGACUGGGAUUCCAGCUCAGGGCCCACCGGUGUCAAUACGUACAUGGAGACCUUGACUAAGGAAACAGGGACAUUGCACCGAGUUUUGAGCAGACAUCUCCCGGAAAUGACGGUGAUGAUGAUCAUGGAUCCUGUUUUCAAUAGCUAUCGAGACCAGUGGACACGAGCGUUCGACGAGGCAGAGGCUAAGACUGAGACCGGAAAGCAGAGGCUACACCGUGAUGCAGAGUAUUUCCAAGCGAAAUUGAGCAAGAUAGACGGAUUCGGCGACCUGGGCGAACGCCUCCUGGAGUUGGUCAACCGAAAGACGAUAGAAGCCAGUCCGCAGCAGUCGCCCGGCGAAGGAGCCCCCGCCAAUGGUUCGCCGCAACCACAAGACGAAAGCAAAGCAUGA